AUGGCAAAAGCCAAAACUGAAGAGAUCGUUUGUGAAGAUAGGAUCAGUGUUUUACCUGAAGAUUUGCUCGUAACGAUAUUAGAUCUUCUCCCGACAAAAGAUGCAGUAGCCACCAUGUUUCUGUCGAAACGAUGGCUUUCUACUUGGACGAUGGUAACUUCACUCGUCUAUAAAGACAUAGAUUGUGAAAGCAAGAAAAGCGUUUGGUGUUUUCUUAAAAAAUCAAUGCAACUCCACAAGGCACCUGUAAUAAACAGCUUGUGUAUGGAACUUGGUCCACAGUGCCCUACUACUGAUGAUGUUGAUAUCGGAAAGUUGGUUGCAAAAGCUGUUGAUCGCUUGGUGAUUAAGCUAGAUAUCAAUCUCCUCUGGUCAGCAGGUCCAAGCAGCUUGCACAGGAGCCUUUACUCUUGCGAAACUCUGGUUGAACUGACUCUCUCCGGCCAGAUUCUCGUGAAUAUUCCUUCUUCUUAUUCCGCCUACCUCCCAUCUCUUAGAGAACUCGAACUAAUCAAUGUCGUGUAUAAAGAUGAGGAUUCUCUUGUUAGCUUAUUAUCGAGCUGCCCUGUUCUCGAGAUCUUGUUUGUGGACCGGAGAAAAGAUGACAAUGUGAAAAAGUUUAAUGUCAAAGUGCCUACUUUAUGGGACUUUUGGUAUACUAAUUACUCGUCUUGUAGCAGCAGCUUUGAUCAUACCGAUAGGUGUUUGGUUGUAGAUGCUCCUGCAUUGACCAACUAUCGAAUCUGUGAUUUUUCAGGAGACUCUCGCUCCAUCGAGGAUAUGCCCUUUCUCCAGGAUGCAAAUAUCGAUGUUGAGUCUUAUCAUCCGGAUGACAAAUUUCUAACUUCUUUUUCUUCAGUCUUGUCUCUUCAUCUGUAUUUGUCUGAUGCAAUGGUUAACCAUUGUAGCACCAUCAACUUCUCGCGACUGAUAAAAUUAAGCAUAUGUCCAUGUGGACCAGAGUGGUUGGAACCACUCCUACGUUUUCUUGGAAAUGCUCCAAAACUAAAAGAGUUUUUGGUAGAUUAUGUACGUAUCAUCCUCCUCCUCUUCUUCCUUCAUUUUUUUUGUCAGAAAUUUCUCUAUAAAGCCGAGGAUAUUCCAUAUUCAUGGUGGAACCAACAAAGUCCUGUUCCCGGAUGCUUGUCAACAGAGCUUGAGAUAUUCGAGUGGAGAGAAUAUGGGGAUAGAAUGGAAGAGGAAGACUUCCUGACAUACAUUUUAUCCAACUCUAUGCGUUUAAAAACGGCAACAAUAUCUUUCAGGUCCGAUCUUGAAGACCAAAAGUUGAUCAUCGAGGAGUUAGAAGUUCUUCCAAGGGUUUCAACAAUAUCUCACCUUUUGUUCAAAUGA